CAGCACCAUAAUCAUAUUCAAUCAGAAAUUAAGUUCAUUUGCACAUUGUAAGAAAUGAAAACAUAUUUAAAAAGAAGUAACUAGGAAUCUUGAAAAUAUGUAAUGCAUUCAACAGUUUAUAAUACUUUGCAAUGAAAUGAAGCAAAACUUUAUCGAUAAGCGCGAACUGGCAACACCAAAUGAAACGAUUGGGUAAUACAAUUCCGUAGCAAUUUCGUUUGUUGGAAGUCUUUUAUUUUUGCUAAAGUUAUGGACAAGAUAUCCAUUUUACCUGAUAACCUGCAGUCCCGGGUAUUUGCACUGGGUCCAGCCCCGCCAGGAUUUCGUCCCCCGAAUGCUGCCGAGUUUGCCUCGGCGGAGUCGAAUCUUCGUAAGGCCACCCGCUACCUCAAAAAUACCUAUUGCAAGCUCGAUCAGUUGCGCACCAUCCUCAAGAAGGAGAGGAAUAACGCGAAGAUUCCGGUGUACAGGGAUCAAUCCAUGACGCUUGCCAAGCAAGUGAUUCGCUCCAAAGAACUUAUUGGCAAGUACAGGGUAAUACUGAUUGAUCUGCAGGAUGCCGAAAUCUUUAAGGUCAACCGGCACAUAGAGCAAAUGGAGGACCUGCUUUCCGAGGUUAACAAUCGCCUGGUCUCCCUGCGGACCAAAAUCCAGGCGGAAACCGAUCCCGCAAAGCGCGAGAUCCACGUGGGCAGCUCCUUCUACCUGGUGCGGGAACAGCACAAGACCAAGGGACUUUGCGAGCGUUGGCGGGAUCGCCUGGACCAGCUGACCAAGGCUAGGAUGGACAAGACUGAACAGCUUACUGAAAAGCCAAUGCUGAUCAAUAAACCUAAAACAAUUUUAAAUGCAGAAACCAGAAAGUUGCAGGAAGCCAUAAACUUGAAACAAGUCGCAUUAAUUAAAAGUGGCUGCAAGAGGUGUGCAUACCUAAGAAAGGUGACUAAACAUGGUCCGUCCAAGCUUUGUAAAGUGUGUAAAAAAUGGGCUGAUGAUGAAAAAGCAAAAGCGGUAGUAAAUAAGACGACCAACAAAUCGCCACAAAUGCCGAAGUCGAAGGAAUUAGAAGUACGAGUGCGUACGGAUUCUGUCUCAGAAGAAUCUACAAUCAAAAUAGAGAUAGAGACUGUUGAAUUUAACGGGAUAGAGGAAAUUAGGUCCUUGGAAGACCAAACUAGCUCAAAAGCAGAGCUUAAUCAGUCCUCCCAGUUAUUUCCCAUCAUCGUUUCUGUUAAAUCUGAAGCAAUGACAGUAGUUAGGGAGAAAGAUGAGACUAGUAACGACGAGGUGGACCCCACUGUAGUCGCUUCCUUACAAAAUUCGCUGAAAUCCAUCUACAGUAAAAAUAUGGCCUUGGCCUAUGUGAAAGUUCUACAAGAGUACGCUAUGUUGAAUGACAACUUUCGGGCAAUCGGACUACUGACUGAAGUAGAAAAAUCGGUCGUAAAUCCGCCACAGAACGAGGAUUUCGAUGAUUGACCUGA